AUGGAGUCGGUCCUGAGUUUAAGGGAUGAAGAAGAAGAAGAAGAAGAAGAAGAAAGUGAUUUCGGGUUGUUAGCCCGUGCACGGGCUAGCAGCGAUACUCAAAAUACUUUGGUAUCGGUGGGAGUUGAUAAUGCUCCGUCCAGGCUUGAUGAGGUCGAGGAGGAGACUUUGACCCAAGUUCCCGAGCUGAGGGAGACCGAGGAUGUUUUACCUCGGGGCAAAGAGACCGUCGAAGAAGCUGCGGAUGUCGGUGUGCAAACCGAGCAUGAGGCUCCCCAAGACGGAGGCGGCGCCCAAAAAGACCUGCUUGGGGAAAUAAAUAUCGGGGAUUCCCCCUCUUUCCCUUCAUUUUCCCAGUCGAUGAUACGUGACGCUCAAGCUGUGGAGACUUGUCACGGGGAGGGAGCCCAUAGAGAGGAGGUCCCUUUCCGUGGUUAUUUUAUCGGGGUAGAACAUGUCAUCGGCCCGAGUGACUUGGAGGCUCCGAAGAAGAGCUCGAGUGAGGUAGGAGCGCCUUGCCUUUUCAACGAAGCCCAACAGGCCCUAAAUAGGUACAAAGCCGAAGUUCGAAGGCUUACUGAGGAGAGAGAUGCCUUAAAUCUUCUCAUAGAGCAGAGAGAAGGAGAAGUAAAAGGACUUCGGGCUGAGCUGGAAACAUCUCGAAAAGAACAAACUGAGCUGGCCGAGCAGGUCAAACAAAAGUUCGAUGUGAUCAGGCAGCUUCGUGUUGAAGUGGACGUAGUGAAAUCGGAGGCCGGGGAAUGGAAGAAGAACAUGGACCGCCUCGCCUCAGAAAAAGAGACUGCCCAGACUCAACUGGCUUCGGCUGAGGCCCAACUCCGAAGCUUGAAAGAGAAAUCCUUGGUGCAAGCCAAGAAAAUUGAGGAGUUCCAGUCUCGGUUGAGCUCAGCAAAUUCUGAUCGAGAGAGACUGGCCACAGAACUCGCAGCAAAUUCCGAUGCAUUAGUGGUCGUUUAUCAAUCUGAUGCCGAAGUUGCUCAUGUUCGAACAAAAGAGGUUGUUGAGGCUGCUCAGGCUCAAGCAAACUGGGUUGUCGAUCAUGCUAAAUGCCAGUCUCGAAGGGAGACUCUCGAAGAGAUCCAUGCUCGUGGCUUCGAUCUUACAGCCGAGAUCGAGAAAGCUAAGGAGCUUGAAGUCGAAGCCAGAGUGUUGGCCUUUCCUGAUGAUGAUGAUACCAGGAGUGUGAGCGGAUCUAAAAGUGAAGGGGGCCUCGAGGGCGAAGAUGCUGCUCCCGGAGAGGACUAA